CAAUUAUUAUUAUUCAGAUGAUUGAUUACACUCGCAAGCAUGCAGCUGCAGUUCUACUACCUUCUUCGUCUUCUUCUCAUCAAGCUCUAUAGCUGUAUUCUGUAAUGGUGGCCGGUUAGGUCAAAGCAGCAGCCUCGAUCGCAAACUGCAGGAUCGUCGCUGGCUGGGCCUCAAGAAUCUCCAAAGCAGAUCCACCCACGCGCCACCAGCUCAUCAUUGUCGACCAAUCUUCUUUUCUUGAUUUCAAUCCAUGAUCUUCUCAUCUAUUUAUACCCCUCGUCUUCUUCUCCUCCUCUCUUCAUCGUCUCCGACGCCGACGAACUCCCACUCACUAGUAGCACUUACUUGUAGCUAUUGAUCUAGAGCACUUAAGACAUGGAGAGGCAAGGCUUGGAUCUUGGCCUGAGCCUCGGGCUAGGCUUGACGACGGCGGCGACAUGGCCGGCUGCUGGGUUCUGUCUGAACUCCGGCAUGGCGGAGCAGGAAGUGAUCAGGCGUGAUGAUGUGGUUGCGGCGACGGCGGCGGAGGAUGAGAGGUUCGCGUGCUCACCCGGCAGCCCGGUGUCGAGCGGCAGCGGGAAGCGAGGCAGCGGCAGCGGCAGCGGCGACGAGGUCGACGACGCCGGCUGCGACGUCGGCGGCGGCGGCGCGCGCAAGAAGCUGCGGUUGUCCAAGGACCAGGCCGCCGUCCUCGAGGAGUGCUUCAAGACGCACCACACCCUCACUCCGAAGCAGAAGGUGGCGCUGGCGAAGAGCUUGAACCUGCGGCCGCGGCAGGUGGAGGUGUGGUUCCAGAACCGCCGCGCGAGGACGAAGCUGAAGCAGACGGAGGUGGACUGCGAGCACCUCAAGCGGUGGUGCGACCAGCUCGCCGACGACAACCGCCGCCUCCACAAGGAGCUCGCCGAGCUCAGGGCGCUCAAGGCCACGCCCACACCGCCCGCCGCCGCGCCGCCAUUGACCACCCUCACAAUGUGCCUCUCCUGCAAGCGCGUCGCCAAUGCCGGCGUGCCCUCGCCGGCGGCGGCGAUAUUCCCCGGCCACCCCCAGUUCUUGUGCGGAUUCAGAGAUCACGCCGGAGCAGCGUCGUCGUCGUACGGCGGCGCAUCAUCUGGACUCGCGAAGGCGGUCAGGGCGGCGAGGUAGAUCGAUCGAUGCGCGCGCCGCCAUGAUCGACAUGACCAAGCUAGCGAUCUCUAGCUAGAAGAUGAUGACAUUGAGCAAGACGCAAGAGUAGAACAGAGUUGAAUUGAUCUCUCGUUUUCCUGUGUAUUUUUAAGGAUCAAGUGCAAAGUUAAUUUAGUUUUUGACAAAUGUAGGAUGGAUCCAUGUAUGCACAUGAAAAGUUGAUGAAAUAACAUGAGAAGAACUAAUUAAUUGA